AUGUCGCUGCAGGAUCUGAUCGCCGCCGCGGCCCGUCCGCUCCCCCACAUCGACGACCCCGGAUUUGCCUCGCACUUCGACAGCUUCGGCAACUACCGCAUCGUGCUGCUCGGCGAUGGCAGCCACGGCACCUCCGAGUUCUACUCCGCUCGCGCGCAGAUUACCAAACGCUUGAUCGAGCACCAUGGCUUCACCACGGUCGCGGUCGAGGCCGACUGGCCCGACGCCGAAGCUAUCGACCGCUACGUGCGCCAGCGCCCAGGCCCAGCGGCCAAGAUAGGCGGACGGACACGUAACCACGACGAGCCCUUCAAGCGCUUUCCCACCUGGAUGUGGCGCAAUCGCGAGAUGCAAUCCUUCGUCGAGUGGAUGCGCAACCACAACACCAGCCUCCCCGACCACCAGAAAGCCGGCUUCUACGGUCUCGACCUGUACAGCAUGGGCGCCUCCAUCCGCGCCGUGAUCGAGUACCUCGACCGCGUCGACCCCCCGGCCGGAAAGGAGGCGCGCCGUCGAUACGGCUGCCUGCAGCCGUGGGUGGACGAUCCCACGGAAUACGGACUGGCAUCGCUGCAGGGGAUGGCAGACUGUGAAAAGGGCGUGGUGGACAUGCUGCGCGACCUGCUGCACCAGCGCCUGCAGUACUCGGAGGAGGACGCGCACGAUGGCGACGAGUAUCACAGCAGCCAGCAGAACGCGUACCUAGUGCGCGACGCCGAGCGGUACUACAAGGCGAUGUACUACAGCUCGGCGUCGUCAUGGACGCUGCGCGACACCCACAUGGUGGACACGCUACGACGCAUACUCCACCACAAGCCCCCCGGUAGUCGCGCCGUGGUGUGGGCGCAUAACUCGCAUUGCGGCGAUGCGCGCUACACCGGCAUGGGCCUCCGAAAUGAGGUCAAUAUCGGGCAGUUGUGUCGCGAGCAGUUCGGCCGCGCCAAUGUUGCACUGCUGGGCUGUGGCACGCACGCGGGAACUGUGGCCGCCGCGCAUGAGUGGGAUGACGACAUGCAGGUCAUGACCGUGCGGCCGUCGCGCGAGGAUAGCUGGGAGUGGCUGGCCCAUCACACGGGCCUUUCGAGCUUCUUGCUGGACCUGCGCCCGACCCGCAUGAGCACGGAGCUGCGGGGGAUGAUGGCCACGGAGGCCCCGCGGUUAGAGCGCUUCAUCGGGGUGAUCUAUCGACCGGAGACUGAGCUCCUGUCGCACUAUUCGGAAGCGGAUCUGCAGAACCAGUUCGAUGGGUAUGUGUGGUUUGAUCAGACGGAGGCAGUGCAGCCGCUAGAGACUGUGCAGCCGAAGACAGCGAUGGGACUGGAGGAAACGUAUCCAUUCGGAUUGUAG